AUGCCAUGGAGCAAGCACAACGAUGCGAAAGCUAGAGAAACAGAGACGAAGACGGAUCCAGCUGCACCCCCAUUUGACUUUGACAAUUAUAACCUUGAUGAGCCGGAAGUGGUUCAUGUUGAAGAUGGGCAAUAUGAGCGAAUUCAAUACGCGAAGAUUUUCCAAAUCAAGUGUCGCAGGCAGAAUUUGAAAAUAUGCUGA